AUGAAGGGACUUCAGAAUGGUAUUCCCAUCGCGAUGCUGGCUGCGAUGGCCAGUGCCCAGGGGCUCGGUGGACGCCCCAAGGUUGAUACCGGCAACGGUGUGGGAGUAGGCUUCAGUAACCACUUCUCCAACGAGGUGAACAACUUCAACAAGGACGACCACUCUGCCGAUGUGCACACCGAGACCAACAUUAUCAAGGCCCCACCCCACCCUCACGGUGGUCAACAUGGCCCGGAACAUGGUGGCCACGAUG